AUGGUUUACGACGACUUUGAGUGUAUCUUCAAAUGCCUCUACCACCCCUCAUGCAUUUCUUUUAACUUGGCAGCCAAAGGAAAACUGUGGUGUGAGUUAUUAUCGUCUGAUAAGUACAGCAAGCCCAUGGAGUACAAACAAAACAAAAGUUCACAUCAUUAUUUCAUUAGGGUAAGGAAUUGUUUGUAUGGUCAGGUACCGUUUCGCCUUAAUUUAUCUCACAAAAAUUUUCUCUGCUUGUUUUAUUAGUCGUCUUAUUAUUUCAAGACAUUUCAAAGCGGUGGAGUUUGCGUUCAGUCGAUGCACUCCGUAUAUGCUUUUAAAUUUUUCUGUGAAGAUCUGGAGGGAAAAUUUAGUGAAAAAGGUAGGUUAAAAUUUUGUUUUCUUAAUCUUCAUUUUCAUUGUUAUUGUUUCUUUUUAUCAUCAGUGGCUUUGUGUCUACUUUUCUUUAAAGCUAAUAAUGUGAUGGUGUAGUUUGAUUGUCCAGAUGAGCAUAUUCCUGAGAAGGACUUUUGACUUUAGCAAUGACUUUAGCAAUGACUUUAGGAGUAGUCACUACCGCCAACAGUCCAUGUCAUAACCCAAGGUCGCACCAUUUACCGUAAAGCUAAAAUUUUGUUUUGUCAAAUCAUUUUCAAAGAAGAAAAAAGGCACAAAGAGUAUAUUUCAGAGGGAAAAAAAGUCUAUGUAUUAUUUUCCUCGUAUUUUUCAUUGUUAUCAUAAUUGGUAUCAUGAUUAGCUUCAUUAUCACCUGUUUUAAGGAUAAAAGUGUAAUAGGCUUUCCCUUGACGUCACUUGGCAGCUUUUGAGACUUGUUUCUAACGUGACAACUUAAUCUCCAUAACGAAAUAAGACUGGAAAAUGACAAAAGCCAGAAUCCUCUUCUUCCAAUAUCAGUAGCAUACUUCAGACAAACGUGGAGCAGUUAGAAAUGUUGAUUUUCAUAGAAAUUAGUCUUCGCACGUUAUGAAUAACUUCUUUGAAUACUUCAUUACCUCGCAGCAAGUCGGCUUGAAUGGAAUAGCUAUAACAGUGAGGGUAAUCAACGUUUUUAUUCAUUGUGUAAACAAUAACUAGGCGAGAGCCAAGUCUGUCAAAAAUCGUUCAGGUAAAAGAAAUCUACAGCAAACAUGUAUUCAAAUUAUACCACUCCGUAUGUUUUUUGACAUUCUAAACUUGAUUAGCGGAAAUGAACCUAAAUAUCGUGUUCAACCCAGCAAUUUUAAUUUCAAGAGUAAGUUUUCAAUUUUUUUUGCUUUUUUUAUCAUUAAGAAUUUAUGACACAGGAGGAAGACACCUGGCCGCCCCUCCAUCUUGGGCCAAAAUAAACUCAGUUAAUUCACAAUGACAUAAGAUCCAGUUUGUUGCAUUAACCGUGAAGAGGCUUUCAGCAUUGAAAGAUUCAAUGUUCUGCGUGCAGUGGCGUCGUGUCAUGUAUUCUUUUUGCAUCCGUUGCAUUUUACUAUUUUUUUUUUCCGCACUGAAUAGUGUCCUCUCCUCAGAAGGUUAGUAACUUUAAUUUGACCCACCCCGAUUAUUUCAUCUUGUUUCGUGUCAUGAUUUGGAUGGUGAUGCAAUGAAGGAUGCGAUGCAAGUAGCAAGUUAGUGAGGCGUGAGUGGUCCAGUGGUCUGAGCGCUGGACUCUGGGUCGGACGGCCCGGGUUCGAGUCCUGGCCAGGGCACUAUGUUGUGGCCUUAAGCAAGCCGCUUCACUCACCUUGCUUCGUCUUCUCGGAUAAGACGUUAAGCCGGAGGUCCCGUCUCCUGCAGGGUUUCACUUCUCUUUUACCUAAGGAGAAAGAUAUUAAGUUCUUUCGAAUCAGCUCAUCGUCAUAAUGUUAUGUGGAGAAGAAUUCAUCAGUUACAUUCACUCUUUCUCACGAACUUUCAACUUUAACUAAAACCUUAAACUGAAUUCAACAAUCUCAGUUCUAUUUAUGGUAGGUUCUGGCGAGGACGGUAAGAGUAGAGUUUGUUGACAGCAAUUUUUCAAACUAUCUCGGGUGAUCGAUUGCAAAAUGAGUGUUAAAUCUCCCCAUGUAUAGACACAAGUGAACUCGGCUGAUUUGGGGUAAGAGUUAGAGCUCUGCAUAGUGUGGUUUCCUCCGUAAAAUCAUCAAAAAUGUUAUACCGGUAACGUUUUCCGAAUCAUGAUCGAGCUAUCAAGUGCCCUUGGAACUCCGAGGCUAAAAAGAAAACUUGGGAUUAGAUCUCAUACUGCCGUCCGUCAAAAAAAAAAAAAAGAAACCAAGUCAGAAAAGACAAAAACAAGAAAAAACAAAAAACAAAAAAAACAAAAGAAGCAGAAGAAGAAUUUCACUAACCAUAACUCAGCGUGAAUCUUUCAAAAUGUCGAAGUCGUUUCCUUCAAAAAACACGAAGCAUAAUCGAGAACGACGUAGAACAAAUAUUUUGUAGAGUAUUGACUCCCACUAUUUUCUUGUUAUUGGAAAGCUGACACCUCUAAGAGCUUCGCCCUUCCACUUUUAAUCAGAAUUAUAAAACUGUGACCUCCAAGCAAAGGGAAUAAUCCAUCUCUUUGUUUGCUGACCGAACUUAAAAUUUUCUAUCGUUCUUUUCCUUGUUGUUCACACGAGACUUUCUAUUACUGACUUCUUGGAUUGGAAUUCGAUUCUGCCUAAUGGGGGUUAGGCUCAUUUUCUUAAACUACACGCUCAAAAACAAUCUGAGACGUUUUGUUGUUUUUUUAAAAAUUUUACAUCUGCUUGCCUGGUUAAGAAAAAAUUCCGUGACAUCAACAAAUAUUGUAUGGCUUCAGUCACAAAAAGUGUUUCGAGGUGAUUCGUUUUUUAACGCUUGAACAUUAUUAGAAUAUAUAAAGCUCUGUUUUUUAAAAAAAAAAAAUUUAAAUAUUUUGACAACGUUUCAACGUUGCCUCGCGUCAUUCAUUAGCAAGUCACUGAUGAAAAUAGGGGUUGAAAGCACAUAAGGUAAUAUGAAAAUAAAGAGAAUGUUUUAUGUUUCUGUGAUGUAGUUCGUAAAGGCAAAAUGGUAAUUAAGUGUCGGGUAAAGAGCUCGGCACAAAUCGAGUCAACAGUUUAUAAUCUCUUGAAUCAAACCUGAUUAAAAAAAAAACAGCUAGUAGAUCAAAAUGUUAAACUUACUGGCGCUUUUUUUACAACUCAACGGAAUGAGAUCGAUGGCUCCUUUUUGUCUAGACCAUAACGUUGUCAUAAUAAGUUUUACGAUGGUGGAAUGAGGAUGCCCACGUCACUUAAUUUUUCUAAAUCACUUUGACCCAGGACAAUGCCGCUCUUUGGUAUUCAAGCCCGCUAAAGCAUUUGAUGGUCAACGCUUAAAAAACCACGUGAUUCGAGUUGAAGACGUCAGUGAGAGAGACUUUUGUGGGAUACUUUGUUACAUGGAGCCAUACUGUGUCAGUUAUAAUCUUGGAAAACAACCACGUGCAGAUGAUGGAAAGUAUACAUGUGAACUGAAUAACGCUACUCACGAGGGAAACAAAGACGACCUGGUUGAGGAUCAAAGUUACAUUUUUGGAGGUGCAGAGGCAAGUGCCAAUUCAACUCUUAAUUAACUAAUGGUCAAGUGAACAAAAGUAACGACUUGCAACUAUAUCUUUUCUUCUUUCUUUUACCUUGUUGCUUUAGUUGGCUUUUGCUGCAAUUCCAAGUUUUUGCCCCAUACUUUAGUACUUAAUUUUGACAAGAAUAACCUUUAUGAGUUGACAAUAUCAGGUUGCGGGUGAUAUCUAGACCGUUCUAGCUUAUAAAUUUUGUUGAUCACGGAGAGGAUAGCAUUAGAGAGCUGUUUCUUUCAAAUGUUACUCUUAUUUACGUGCAUAUGUACGCAGAAUUUACAGAAGAUAAAGUGGGAAUUGCCUUGAGACCUGAAAUGAACAAACAAGCUAAAUUGGUCUAACGUGCUAUUAUCUGCAUUAUGAAAUAUAUGGAUGUCUUUCUUAACAAAUCCAUGCGGAUCUCAAAUUACAUAGCUCCGAGGAUAUUAUCAUUAUCACAAUCAGCAUUGUCAUCGUCAUCAUCAUCAUAUUACCGUCAUUAUCAUAUCGUUAUCAUUUUCAUUAUUGUUGCUAUAUAUAUUAUUACAUUAUAUCAGAUGUAAAGUUAUUUUUUUCAUCAUUUUCACCGCUUUCUUCAUGGCAGAGUGCUUGUAUCACAAAUCUUUGCAAGAACAACGCCAAAUGUCAAAGCGGUUUUACUGAUAAAGGUUACCGGUGUAUUUGUUCAGUUGGAUACAAAGGUUUGACUUGCGACGAAGGUAAACGUGAAUUAUUUUCAGAAUACGCAUUUUCUCCUCUUUCAGAUCUUAAGUGUAAGUCAACCUUCAUUUAAACGCAGUGUUCGGAUUGAUAACAGUUUCAACUAUUAAAUAUCACAAUAAUGUACUUUCAGAUAUUGACGAAUGUGCCACACGGGAGCAUAGCUGCAGUGCUGAUGGCGUGUGCAGCAACGUGGAGGGAUCGUACAUAUGUGGAUGUAAACCUGGUUAUUCUGGAGACGGACGGACUUGCAAAGGUACUGCAAUAAAAUUUCACUUGUUUAAUAAAGAGCUCUUUGGACUGCUAAGUUCUUUUUGUAUCGCUAUAUUGUUUAUGAGAUUAAAAUAACGCUACCAACAACAUAACACGAUGAAUUAAUGAUAUGCACAUUUAGAUAUCGACGAGUGUGCUUUAGGAACACACAACUGCAGUGCUGAUGCUCUGUGCAACAAUACCAAGGGAUCGUACAACUGUUCAUGUAAAUCUGGUUAUUUUGGAGAUGGAAGAACUUGUAAAGGUGAGCUUGGUUAUAUCAAAUUGUUUAUAUCAAUUAAAAAAGUGCUAGAUGGUGUUUGUGGCUAGAUCAGUGCAAGGUCAGUCACAGGUUUAUCCGAGAUUUGUGGAAAUUUCUGAAUCAAAAUAGUGAAUCAUGAUAUCAACAGAGGUAAAGUUGCGCCCCUCCAGUAAAUCCUAAGGAUUUAUUCGGCUUGGCUUUUCUACGUAAAGAAAUUACUCUGCCUCAGAUGCAAAUCCAUGCCAGUUGAUAUUCUCUUGUCUUUGCUAAUUAAAUCCCAAGGUUUCUUAAAUAUUCGUUUCAGUUCUAUUAAUUUUAUCUGUUUCAAAUUUACUCAGAAGUAAAGUAAAGUAAAAGUUAACAUAUAUCAGCAGAAUUCAUCCAAUAAUUGAAAUAGGCAGGUUAUUGGAUGAAUUCUGCUGAUAUAUUUUAACAAAUGUAUUACUGACAGAGUUAUCCAAGUCAAUUAAUUGGUGGAAAUUUCUGAAUCAAAAAAGUGAAUCAUGAUAACUUUCCACCGUGAUCACGAAAUCUUUAACAUUGUCUGACCGCUCUCGUGACUUCUUUUUUUUGUAGCUACGAUCUCAAGCUGCAAAGAAGCUUAUGACAGCAAAAUGUAAGUGCAAUAUCAGGAAGUAAAUAAUUAACUUCAUCUUGGAACGAGAGUCGACGAAAAAUUUAAAGAAAAUAACAUCAUUUUUCUCAAAUUUAAUUAUGUUGCAGUUGUUUCUUUUAUAUUAUUUUUCAACUAAAAACCUGAAUUCAAAUUUGUAUAUCAAACUGGCAAGCAUUUUUUGAUCCACUGAAUUUUCACAACUGUUUUAUCUUUGAUAGACUAAGCGGGAGUGGCGUUGUUACGCUCCACAUCGGCUCAAAACCAACUUCCGUUUUCUGUCAAGUGGGGAAUGUAGAAUGUGGAAAUGGAAUAUGGACCCUUGUUAUGAAGACUGAUGGCAGUAAGGUAUUUAAUCCUUUACUCUUUUGAUUUCUAUUUUUAGCUUGGGUAACAAAAGGAGACUAUCAAAAGAUUUUUGUUAUUGUUUGUGCAUCUUCAAAAAUUUUAGGAUGUGUUUUUGGAGGUCAUAAUUUGACUUCCGUUUCAAUCGUAACUAAUCUCAGCUGUGAUGUUACUUGUUGGUACUCACACCAACAUGUUUACGUUUCAUACCUCAUUGCAACAUAUUUUUGGUCUCCUUCAAGCCAAAGGUGAUAUUGGAGGUUGCUAGCCAUUUAAGACUGCUUUGAGGUAGUUCAGUCAACGUGGCUAUUAUUAUUGAUUAUUAACUAUUUUGAACGGCAAAAAAAAAAAUCAUCUUGGAUUGAUGACUUAUUUAUAUUGUGAGGAGACACUUGUGACGUGACCUGGACGCUUAUUGUUCAGUGAAUCGUUAAAAUAGCCCCUGUAUUAGUGCUGUUUUUGAUUAAUCAUUGCUUUCCAAGGAGUUAAAACUCCCUCUACCCUCUCAGCCUUCGAAUUUCAUUUAAGACAUUUGUUUCCAUCGAGUUAAUAUUGGCUUAUGAUAUCAUUGUUCUUAUUGGUCGCUGAGUGUGAACAAUUUUAUCUUCUUUUAUCUUUAUUUAAUGAAAAUUUCGUCUAUUCCCGUUCAGCGAACUUUUCAUUACGAUUCCGAUUAUUGGAGCAACAAGAUAGAAUACAAUCCUCCUGGAGGAGAGACAGGGUUUGACACAGUGGAGACCAAGUUACCAACCUACUGGAACACAUCAUUCUCCAAGAUCUGUCUCGGUAUGAAGAUCGACCAACAGCUCAGGUUCAUUGUCAUCAAUAAGGAAGCCGACUCUUUGUACUCACUGAUCGCUGACGGAAAAUACCGCCCGACUUCUUUGGGUCGUGACACAUGGAGGUCCCUGAUUGGUCCAAAGGCCUCCUCGCAGAGCCACUGUAACAGAGAGGGGUUCAAUCUUUACCCAUUGACAGCUUAUUGGGAGUUUAGGGCUCCUAAAGCAAGGAUCGGUUUUGUCACCAACAAUGUAGAAAACUGCAAAGAUGUUGAUACUAGAAUCGGGUUUGGUACAGGAGGGCCAACUGAUGACAACAACACGUGUGGAAUCGUUGCAGACAACCACAGUCUUGAUAAUGGGCGCAAGCACAUUAAAGCCAUGGGGUACAUCUUGGUGCAGUGACGAGCGAAAACUGUACAUACAGUGAUAAACAAAGUCAACAUCACCAACUUCAUCAACAACACCAAGGAAAAAAAAAAGGAAAAAAAGGAUGCAUACCUUGAUACAUGCUAACUGUCCUUACAGAGUAUCGUAAACACUGGCACAAAGCUAUCAUUUAUGCAAAGCAAUACUCAAAGUAUGCAUUCACAAGAAAUGAGAAUAUAUGUUCAAAGAGAAUAAUAUUUGGGCGUGCAUAGAUAUGGAAUUUCUCUUCCCAAGUUCAACUCGAUUCUAGGUCGCAGCCCUCACUCCUGAGAUAUCGAGUUGAACGCGAGAUCUACCAGUAGUCAUGUAUUAUUUCAAUCUACUAUAUAAACGCCGCAGGCUUUUACUGGCAAGAAAAGUCGCCGACUUUUUAAAUGAAUACUAGUGGAAAAAAAAUCACAAUCUGCAGAGUGGCUCGGAGGGCAAGUGACUUGUUAACAGCCGAUGUUGAUAUCAAACACACAUAAAAGUUAUUGUAGUUUUACACGAGUGCAGUUGCGGCUUUUAGUAUAGGGCUGAAAAUCCUUCUAAAACAACACAUUUUACGUAGUGAAUAUCAAUUACUAGCAAUAUAUCGAGUGACGAGUUAAAAGUUUUCCAGGCCCUGAUCAUGACAGAAUCAGUUUGAACUUUUCCAUUGAUUGAAUACUUAACAUAAAGUAUAAUGAAGAGAGAUGAGACCUAACAGCUUUUUGCACAAGACACUUCUUCUUUGUUUCAGUCGCCUCUGUAUUUCUAGCCAUAGAAGAACAGACGUACUUCGUGGUGAAACAAACAAAAAAUGUGAUUGAAUGCCCGUAUAAAUAUAUGAUUUCCAACGAGAGCUCAGGGAAGGGAUACAGAGUAUAUUAAAAUUUUUACCUCUUAGUGUUACCACCAACUCCUUCGCAAGACCCUCCUUGGUUAAACAAAUAUUAGUUAUUCCCGUAAAUUGAAAGCCAUAAACAUAUAUGGACCUUUGUCAAACAUUAAGAUUUAAAUUGAAGAAAAAUAACAUUUUUGACUCAUGUAUUCGUGGGACAAAGAUGAGAGGAAAUAUGUAUUAACAUCGAUGUAUGCAUGUAACACCGAAAUAAAGAUUCUGUACUAUUAGAAAUCAUAAUAAAGUUCGGAUAUAACGCACGCUGUCAUUGGUUGAAAGAGCGUGCUCUAUGAGAGUAUAGAGCAUAGAGUUGAGCUAAAGCUGUCACGCCAUCUGCCAAAUUGGAAUGUCCAACCUUUCCCAGGACUUUUCUCCAUCUUUUUUCCGUUAAUUGAAAGUGAAAUUUCGAAACAAGCGAGCCGGCAAGUAGCAACAGAACAACCAAACUAAGGUUUAUAGACAUGCUAGGCGCCGUAAUAGACGUUAUUAUAACGUGAGCAGAGACGAAAGUCCUCAAAGAGAAAACGAAAUGGACAGUCCGCGUUUUGAAGGUUUUCACGCUCAGUUAGAUUGCAAGCUUACGAAUGAGGUAAUAAAAGUCAAACAUAGCUAAAACUCGUGUAGUAUAUAGUAGUAGUUCAAAAACAAAACAGAACAAAACAGGAAUGAUAAAAAAUAUAGCCAAAGUGGCAUAACUGUUGUUAUUCGUACUAAUCAUCACGGUGUCAGAGCGACUGCGAUAAUGUUAAGGUCCAACGUGGCUCGCUUGGAGAUCGCCAGAGAAGCAAGCCUCAAAAAUUACAUCGACCGCCCAUCCAGUGAACACCUAAGAGCUUGCUCUGAUGCUAUUUCCGAUGCGUUGAGUGGUGAAGGCCACAUCAGUCAUUGCAACCGAGUUUUACGGCUCUGUCAUCCCGAGGAAUCUUCAUGUUCCGGUGAAUUCGGCUGUCGUUCACUCAUAAAACUUGUCUUGAGCAGUUUUUUUACCAUUUGUCAUGUGAAAAAACUUGCGUGUUUUUGUGAGCCACAAUUCGGCCGGAUUUCACAGAACAUUUCACCUCUAUAUUCUGUAUUUGAGACUAAAAAAACUUCAGGCAGAAGUUUUAGAUUCGACCUGUCAAACUAUUAAAGUUUGUAAACAAUUGCAGAAUGUGAACUUUGACGGUUUUUGAGCUUUGAUGGUUUGACAUUCUUGACAGCUUAAGUCUUGUACAGCGAAUCAGAUUAUUGAACUAUUAUGACAACGAUUCUGAUUGGCUUAUUGUAGCGUGCUUUGUGAGAGUCUAGAGCAUGCUGACGACACCGUUGUUCGCUUUGGAAUUAAAAUUUAUUUUGAAAAUUGAAAGUAAUGCGCGGGGAAUUUAACGGAUUCUUUAUUAUAAAACAAAUAGCAAAGCCUUGACUGUGCUCUGUUCUGUUGUAAAGCACUUAGGAAGCGGUUGAAGCACUCAAGAAGUACACUUCUUUCGUGCUCGAACCGCUUCCUGCGUGCUUUACAACAGAACAAAACACAGUCAAGGCUAUCUAUUUAUCUCUAUUUGUUAAUCAACGCUCAGUUAGGAAGACAGUUGAAACUAAACAGGACACAUGCACUGCAUGAUUCAGCAAGCAAAUUGACAGUAAAAGUUGAGAUGCGUCUCAUUUGUAUAAAUGGAUAUCUCAAAAAUAUCCUUCGUUUGUCUUUGUCAUCGAGUUAAUUCAAUCCUUUUCGAAACAGAGAGGUUUACGUUAUGCGUCUGGGCACUCAGUAAAUGUCGAUAAAUGCCUCUGUUAUAAAGAUCGAAUGGAAAAUAUAGUAGAAUGGGAAGAUCACCAUUUGUUAAUGUUUUUAUUUAAUUUUUUUUUGUAGCCAUUAUAAAAUGUUUAGAGAAGUGCGCGCGCCGUGAUUGGUCAGAACGAGUUCAUUAUAUUUCUUUAUAAUAAAGUUCGGAUAUAACGCCCGCUGUCAUUGGUUGAAAGAGCGUGCUCUAUGAGAGUAUAGAGCAUAGAGCUGAGCUACAGCUGUCACGCCAUCUGCCAAUUGUACUAUGUUCGAGCUUUUCCGGGACUUCUUUUUAGCUUUUUUCCGAUAAUUGAAAGUGAAAUUUCGGAACUGAAGCGAGCCGGCAAGUAGCAACAGAAGAAUCAAACAAAGGUUUGUAAACAUACCAGGCGCCGUAAUUUACGUUAUUAAAACGUGAGCAGAUACGAAAAUCCUCAAAGGAAAAACAAAAUAAACAUUCCGAGUUUUAAAGAUUUUCACGCUCAGUUAGAUUGCAAGCUUUCGUACGGUAAUAAAAAUUAAACACAGCUAACACUCGUAUAGUAUAUAAAGUUCAGUGUUCAAAAACAAAACAGAACAAAACAGAAAUGAUGAAAAAUAUAACUAAGCUGGCAUAAUUGUUAAAAUUCAUACUAAUAAUGACGCUGUCUGAGCGAAUAUGAUCAUGCUGAAGUUCAUCGCGGCUCGCUCAUCAUGGCGAUCUCCGGUCAUCACAGUAAAGCAAGCCUCCGAAACUACAUCGGCCGCCCUUCGAGAGAAAAAAUAAGAGCUUGCUCUGAUAUCCUUUCCGAUACGUUGAGUGGCAAUUCACAUCAGUCACUGCCGCCGAGUUUUGCGGCGCUGCCAUUACGAGCGAUCUUCAUGUUCCGGUGAAUUCGGCUGUCGUUCAUUCAAAAAACACUCGCCUUGAACAGUUUGUUUUCUACCUUGUCAUGUGGAAAAAACUCGCGUGUUUUUAUGAGCCAUAAUUCGGCUUAAGUUCACUGAACAUUUCACUUCAAGAUUCUGUAUUAGAGACUUAAAAACUUCAGGCAAAAGUGUUAAAUUCGACUUGCCGAAUUAUUUUAGUUUAUAAACUAUCGUAGAAUGUGAACUUUGAUGGUUUUUGAACUUUGAUGGUUUGACACUUUUGACAGCUUCAGUCUUGUACAGCCAAUCAGAUUAUUCGAACCAUUCUAACAAGGAUUCUGAUUGGCUUAUUGUAGCGUGCUUUAUAAGAGUAUAGAGCAUGCUGACGACAUUGUUGUUCGCUUUGGAAAUAAAGUUUGUUUUGAAAAUUGAAAGUAAUGCUUGGGUAAUUUAACGGAUUCUUUAUUAUAAAACAAAUAGAGAAGCCUUGACUGUGCUCUGUUCUGUUAUAAAGCACUUAGGAAGCGGCUAGAGCACUCAAGAAGUGGGAAGAAGUUUCUCCCUACACUUCUUGAGUGCUCUAGCCGCUUCCUAAGAGCUUUAUAACAGAACAGAGCACAGUCAAGGCUUCUCUAUUUGUUAAAUAAAGCACGUGCCUUAAGUCACAAGAGUGCACUGUUGAGAUAUAAUGCACGAAGCUUACGUCAUCGGUCCGAGUGCGCAAAUUUCACAAUACAUUUUAUUAAAAGAAAUAAAAAAACUUGUUCCUCGAGCAUUAUUGAGUUAUAUAAGCACUCGAGAGUUUUUAAAAACACUCAAGGGGUGCGAAAAUCACGAGCCGAAGGCGAGUGCUUUUCGACACUUUUCCCGCGUGCUUAUAGAUCGCCCCAUGCAAGGUAAUCCGGAUUCCGGAAUCUAUGAAAUUUUUGCUUGUGGAAUCCGGAAUACUGGGCUCUGGAAUCCAGAAUUCAGCUUUUGGAAUCCAGGAUCCCGCUAAAAAGGGGAAUCCAGAAUCCGCUUUCUGAAAAUCCAUUUCAAAUCAUAUUAUCGGCUUUCACCCGCAUCCAUGCAACCACUGUACAGUGCAGUUCACUCACGUGGUCAAUCGGUGCUCAAAUUUAGAAAGUGUUUAUAUCACUGAAGCGUUCAAAUCCCACAGGAUUUGCUUGGAACAUCAAUAUAGCCGCUAUUUGAUUGUUUUGGAACACCUCUAAAUAAUGAUAUGGCCGCUAUGACGUCCUGUGAAUAUUAACUUGCUGGUUGUCAUAACAACAGUUGGAAGGUGACUUCCAAAAGAUACGUAAAAGAUACGUUUUAGUUUUCCUAUAAAUCUAGGAAUUUUUAAAUUUCUGUGAAAAUAAUCUAACUAUUAACAACUUGGAUGCUUCGCUUUUGCCUGCUUUCCUCACCGGUUUUUUAAGCAAAUGGGGCACACGGCAAGCUUUGGCACCGGAAAUUGCGCUACUUUUAUCUGACACCCAGGGUCGAGGUAUCGACCUUAAUACUUAAUACUUAAUACUCUUUUCAUUUUCGACUCUUUCGAACUUUCUGGCAUUUCUGAUUCGCGAUUGACCAAAAUCAAAAAUAAAUAUCCAUUUUCCUUAAAUCAUAAUGAGAGCAUCAAAAAGUAAUAUUCUCCUGUUGAUGGCCGUGGAGGCAUAGUUGUAAUUAGAAUCCAGAUGAAAGCCAGGAACUGUCAAAACUGCACCAGUCUCUCAGAGCACGUGGAGGGACACAAGCCGCAGUAUUACAGAAAAUUUGCAGUGUCUUUUUCAAUUGAUAUAUCAUUUGUUUAUUCGAUUUGCUCUUUCCCUAAAUCUCGAUACUUUAAUCAUAAUCUAUGGGGAAGCACAAGAAAAAGCAAAAGGCGGAGAGGGAAAGGUAAGUGUAACAUUGUAAUGAUUCGAUUAAUUCUUUGUUCCAUUUUGAACUAACUUAACCUCCAGCGAAACUUACCAAAAAUUACUGAAAAUGCAUCUUCAGGAGCCCAAGAAACCGAAGAAAGAAAGACUAAAAAGAAAAAUACACGAGUUCAAGACCAUCGAGGUUUGAGGAUUUUUGUCUAUUAUGAAACACUUCUGAAUUUUUUUUAGGGGUUGCAACGAGCAAACAGGAACGACAGGGGUUUUAAUGACGAACUAUAGUCAAUAAUAACUGUUUCAAUGUAGUAGAAUUCGGAAGUUAAAAAGGAGUUGGAAGAUUCGAAAAAACGCUUUGCUAAACUUGAGAAUACUCGGUCAAUUGUUUGCAUCUCAUGAAACAACAAUGUAUUACGCCUCGUUAAAUGAUGAGACGCAAUAAAAGCACAGCAUGACUCGCUUGUUAGCAGUGAUUUAGGCCUUUAGUCGUUUUGAGAUCAGUUACGCUAGAGGUUUGAAUAAACUCUGCUCGUUAAAUAUUUUAUUAUGCUACCUGGCACUGGUCAUGGAAAUCGCUUAUUUUGCGCGAAAUUCCGCUCGAAUCGUGAUUCACACUUAGCCCUUUAAUUUCCAAGAUCUGAUUGUUAACUCUCCCCUCUAGCUGCUACACAAUUCCUCGUAAAUUAGCUACGAAACUUUGGUGUAAUAUCAAGAUGACAACUUCAACCUGAUAAUUUUGAGUAUUCCCAUGAACCCUUUGCUGAAAAACAUAUAGAUAUUAUAGGGAGAAGUUACAUGUCAGUCUUUUCUGGGAGUUUAUUGGUUAAACCAUCAUUGUUUAUGAGAGACUUAUUUUAUUGCGCUAACUUGCAUGUGCUUAGCCAUGGCUAACCGCCGGACUUAAGGUUCAAGCAUUGAGGCGCGCUGUUAGAGCUCGGUGAUCACCCGGCCCAAUAAGGUGUGAUAAUUUUGUAAAUCAGAAGUACAAUAAAACUGUCAAUUUUGGAACUGAAAAAUGGACUGGCCCAGGUGCUAGAACCCGCACCACGAUUCUUAAAAUUGGGCUUUUUCGAAAAUAAUUUAGUUUUUUUUUCUUGCAGGCCUUUUCGCGAACAGUAUGAACCUUCGACAUCUCCACCAAGCUGGCGAUCAAGGUCUCGCAACGAACGUACACCGAGGUAUGUUAACUGUUAUAUUUUAACGAACCGAAAAAAGUUUUUUGAAAACUCAAUUAACAACACGUGAUGUAGCCUUAACACUAUCACUUUCUUUGUUUUUGCAGCCUCCUCGAAAAAUUAGAGCGCUCGCCCUCUCGAAGGCGACGAUCAGGAUCACCAAAAACAACGACGACGACCAGGUAGAUUAAUUCGAAUUAAUUUCUAUAAGCGGAACACUAUUAAAAUGCCAUAAUAUAGAACUUAUUUUUUGCUACUCAUGACAACGGUUUUCUGUCAAAAUUCAUUCUGGCAUGUAUUCUUUCUCAAGGGAACAGGAAGUGAAGAGGAGGGCAAAAGGCGAGAAGCCGUAAUGCGAGAGUUUGUCGGAGAAUAUGGAAAAGGUGUACGACAGGAAAACGUUCGCUCAAAGACGAAAGAGUUGACUUGCACACUUCCAUAUGCCCUAAGCAUGCGUCCCUCUGUCAUCACAGCCUCAUCGGUAGACUGCCAAGACGUAACAACAGAGGGUUCAAGCAUCACUCUAACGUCUGAGGAGGACAAUGGGCUCUGCAGGCUCGCUAAUGGUGACCCUGAUGACGAAGAUGUUGGAGAUGAUGAGGAUCAAACUCCAGAUGAUCAGAGAGCAGCUAGGGAGAGUGAAAGGGAAGUGUCGCUUCCAAGAUUAGCAGGAGUGAGCUUAUCAGGGCGACGGACCACACUUUUCCAAUUAUGAUAAACUUUGAACAAAGUUAUAUAGGGAUAUUUGUGGGAGCCAGGAAAGGUCUAUUUAUAGUCGAAUGUUCGGCAUUUAAACGUAAACCGUUUCCUUUGAUAUUUGGCAUUUGGAAUAACAAAUUUAAAAUUUCAUGAGACAUCAUAUCUCGGUGGAACAAAGAUAAGAUAUUACUGGGUUUUAAGGUCAAACAACAUUUUCUAAAAAAAAAAAAAUAGCGGCGGGCCAUCUGAAACCUUACAAAAUCAUUGCUCUGAAGGAUUCAUAGCCGACGUAAUGCGACAUGACUUGGCUAACCUUUUAAAGAAAAAAGGAAGUAUAGAAAAGAGAAUCUGUUAUUCUUCAAAAAUUACCGUGUAAAUGAAGAUCUUUCGCGAUUUUUCAAAUGUUUAAGUACAGUUAAAUUGGUUUAACACCGUUUUAUACGCAAUCUCGUCGAACAUCAUCGCCAAUUACAUCUAGGAAAACAAGCUUUUCUGUCCGCGAUUUACUCGGGGUGUCAUUAAAAUUAUAUUCCAGUUUAAAUUUUUGCCUCAAUACCACGGUUUUUGUUUAAAAGGAAAGUUUAAAAAGUAAUUUGAGAUGAUAGGGAAAUAUUUCGAGCUGUUUUCUUGCAGUUCUAAGCGAAUUUUUUUUUUAAAAAAUUGGCCAUCUUUUCCCAAUCGGAACAAUGUUAUGCUGCACUAAAAAAACUUUUUAGUCUAACAGUUAUUUACAAAUUAAAAAUGAUACGCAAAGGUUUGUACUAUUAGUUCUUUGUUACUUUUAAAUCACUUGAAGAACCUCGAGGAACCCGUAUGAAAGAAAUGCGGCCUCGCCUCAGACUUCAGAGUUGCUAAAAAGAUGUGGAAUGAAUGGACAUUGGACUUAAGAGACGGACAGUCUCAACAGGUAUUCCUAAAACAAAAAUUUAUCCCUUAAUUUGUUGUUAUACAUUUCUCAUAAUUAUCAAAUGUUGUUAGGAAAUAUGAAUAGACAAACAUGCAUUCACAAACAUGUCCUUCAAUAGCGAAAUCCGCUAUUAAAGUCAUUCCUAGAAAACGCAAUGCGAAAAUUAGGGGCAAACCACAAACUAAAAUCUGGAAUCUUUUGUGUUUUGGAAUCCGGAAUUUGCAACGGUAGAAUCCGGAAUCCAGCACCUGGAAUCCGGAAUCCACAGCGUGGAAUCCAGAAUCUAAUACUGUCCUGGAUUACCUUACAUGGGGCGAUUAUAGAACUCAACAAUGCACUCGGUGCAUUUUUAUUUCUUUGAGAACAUUGUUUCGAAAACGAUUUUGGCGAAAAAAUAAAAGGCACAGACAGCAAUUUUUGAGACAGUGCUAAAAUCGAGGAAAUAUGUUAUUCGUCAGCCGGGAGGUCCGCCGCCUACGGCCUCGGGUGGUACUCAAGACAUCGGGCAAACUUCUUCCCAAUACGGACCAAUCUAGGCUGAAUAACAUUUUUAUUUUUUUCCUCAAAACUUAACGAAAAUAUCUCCAAAAGAACCGGAAUGAGUUAGGGCUGUAAUAACAGCAAGAUUUACCAUAAACGAAACAAUUUUGAGCGAGCAAAUGGUACUUAAAAUAGAGGUAAUGCAAAUUAAAGAGAGAAGCGUCACCGAAACAUUUUAAUUUCCGUAAUGAUAAAGGUGAUUUAAAAGGCUUCCAAAAAACUUUGAAAAAUUAUUUUUACAAGUAUCUGUCACAAUCUGACACCUUUGAAUCAGAGAGCGAGUAAGAAAGAAAAACGCAAGUACACUUUUAAAAAAAAACAACGGAACUAGUUUGGCAAGGACUGUCGCGACAAUGUUUUCUUCAAGAGCAGUCAAUGAUCUUACGGAAAGUAUCAUUCGCUGUCAUGGACGUUUAAGAAUGUACAAGGAUUUGUCUCUGUUCAGUUAGUAAAUGGCAAGGAAAGUAGUUGUAAGUAAAUUCAAAUUUUUGUUUUUGAAGUUGUGUGAGUUUGCUCGUUUGUAUACUGCAAUGGCGUGUGUAAAUCUGGUCUUUUCUCCACAAAAGCUAAAUUCGAAUGAGACACUUCAAUUAGACACGAGAGGAUUUAAUGUGGCUUUUUCUCAUUGAAUUCCCAAAUGUUUAAAUUGAACAGACUUGGAAAGACGCACCGAAAGCGUAGAAUACUUUGCUCGCCUUUUAACAGCAAACAAAUUGUUUGGGAGAGAUUAGAUAGUAAAUGAUGAAAGUUCUAUCAAUUAACUGAUUCAAUGGUAACCAAAUACCGCAAGUUUUAGAUUACGAGGUAAUUUUUGUGACAGAUUAAAUUUAAUUACAGAUGGGUUUUUAGGCCGCUUGUUAACCAAUCUUACGAAACUUUUGCUUAUACAAAUUCAUUUCGAGACCAAUAUUUUUCUGUAAACCAAAGUGAUUGGAGAGAGAAAAAAGAGAGGAUUAAUAAGUUAUUUAUCCGCUUGAGGUGGUGACCGACGUCUUUUCGAUAAAAUAAUGCUCAGCCGGCAAAACGAGAUAUUUUUUUAUGAAAAAUGGCAGCGAAGGUAGGGAUUUACUCGGCGACUCACGAAAGCGUUACCGUUGCCCGUGGGCAGAGAUAGGCAAAUACGGACCAUGAUAAGAACCAAUCAGAUUGCACGAUUCGUUACCGUGCCCUCUCAGAAAAAAAAAAAGAAGAUUAUUAUCAUUAUCGUCAUUGAGGUUUUUGAUGUUGUAACUAUUACUAUCAUGAUUAUCAUCAAUAUUAUGAGUCAGUGUAGAGUUGUGGAGAGAAAUUUCUCCUGUUAAAUUAAACAGCCAUAUAGUGUUGUAAUAUUUCAUAUUUCCAGUUCAAUGUUCAUGUGGUCAAAUGCUAUCAUGUGGUCAAAUGCUAUCAACAUCCUUCCACGAUGUAAUGAAUAAUCUACAUAUCCAGAUAUCGAUGAGUUUUUUAUUGGAACACAUAACUGCAGUGCUGAUUCUGCGUGCAACAAUACCAAAGGAUCGUGCGACUGCAUUUAGGUUAAGGUACUUUUGAAGAAAUCAGAGAGAGUUCACAAAUACAAUUUGACAGGCCUACGAGAAAAGUUCUGAGUUAUGGAGUGUCAAUGACUAUUAGCACUGCGUCACAGUGGAUUCCUCGGAGAUGUCCCAGUUAAGUGCCGCGCGCGGCUAUUUUUUUCCCUCAAGAUUUAAAUUCCUACAAUGGUGUAAGGGGUGGGGGAAGGAGGAGUUGAGAGCGAAUUAAACCCUAAGGUGUUAUCAAAGAUGGCGUUCUAGAAAAACUUCGUUUGCACGUCUACGCUCUAAAUACAAAUUUUGUCUCUAUAGAUCUACAUGUUCAAAAGUCAUAUCCAUUGCUCAUGUUACCCAUUAAAUAAGGAAAAAUCUCAAAAAACCGGAAUGAUAAAAAAUAUUUAUUCCGCUCAAGUACGGAAGAUUUGUAAGAUAUUUGAAUUGACUCUAGCUAUUUGGCAUUCUGUUGUUCCAAGACAUUUGAGCUCUUCAAAACUAAAGAAUUGCAUUCAGAAUUGAACAAGGCAUGUUAUCAAAUUAAUGCAACAAAAUGUUCCACUUGAUGAUGUCAAUACUAAAGAAUAUGUAGAUAUUUUACAACUUAAGGGAUGUGCCGUUGCUUUGAUCGUAAUGUACUUAGACACUCGCUUUAUAUCAAUUGCUAUACUAUCGUUUUAUAGUUUCAUUUAUGUUUUAAUUACACUAAAUCAAGUAGCAAAAAUUGAUAAAUACAUCAAACUUUUAACGGGGACUUCGAAAACUUUGAUAAAGUUCCAUAGUUCCCGUGAUAUAUAUUUUUUUCUUUUAUCUGCAGUUGCGGUUUCGAACUUUAAAGAAGCUGACAAACAAAUGUAAGUGCUAUAUUUUGUAAUAAACGACAAAGUUCAUCUCACAUCGAGUGUUAAAGAUUUUAAGGAAAGGAAAAGAGGAGAAAGAUGAUCCUAGUUUAAUUCAAUCCUGUUUUUUUUUUAUUUAGCGACUGAUUUCCUAUUUUUUUAAUCGUUUAUCUUCGAUAAACUGAGCGUCUUCGUUACGCUCCAUAUCGACUGAACACCAACUCCCGUUAUCUGUCACGGGGAUGUAGGAUGUGGGAAUGGAAUAUGGACCCCUAUUAUCAAGAUUGAUGGCAACAACGUCUCUUUUAAGCUUUUGUUAAAGAAGCUAUUGAGAUAACUUGGUUAAUAUGAAGGAGUUUUGAAAAAUUUGGCUUAAAGGUGGCAAGUUCGUAAUAUGCCUUUCGUUUACUUCUCCCCAACCUCAACCGCGCCUUUUCCUUGCUGGGUUUUCAGCCAUCGCAUUUGUUUCAUUUAUCUUUUUACCUUCUUGUAAUUAAAUAUUGAUUUCGUGGUCUCCUUUAAACUGAAGAUAGAUUUGAAAGCCAUGGACAAAAGAAAACAAAAGAAGGAGUAUUCCUUUCAAUUUUUUUUUAAUGAAAAUCUAAGGGAGUCAUUAUUUUCACGUAACUGCCAAAAAAAAAAAUUCAAUGUUAAGCAAAGAUUUUUCCAAUGAAACCUUUUUUUUGCAAGUCCUUUUUUCGACGGGAUUUGGCGUUUGUUGAUAGUUUUGCAUCACGCGGAAAAUAAUUUUACGGGGCUUAUGAACUGCAGGGAACAGAGAAAAAGCUUCUUUCUUUUCACUUUUUAUUGUUUUAGUCUUGUGAUAGCCAAACUAAUAACAAAUGGAACAUUUACAUUUUAUGGAUUUCAUUUUUUUUGUAUGGAUUUCGUCGGAUCUUAGGUUUUUCUCAUAUGCUUAAACGAAAAAUAGUCAAUGAACUUCGAGUUAAAAUUCAAUUUUAAAAAUGUAGGGAGAUUAUCAAUUUCCACAACAGAGUUGUAAUAUUCAAAAUAAAUUGUUCUGAAUGCUUUUGCAACAAAUUUAUUAUCAUUUUUGUUUAUUAAGCCAUUGCUGAGAAUGAAUGCCUUGAGAGUAAGACAUCUGGAACUUAAGUUGGCUGAGAAACACUAAGUUGCAAAUAUAAUAGAUCCUAGUUAAUAGAGGGCUACCUUUACAGUGCAUAGCUCUUAGUCUCUAAAGCUCCGGAUAAAAUCUGUGAAUGGCUUUUUGACAUGAAUUUCCUUUUGACUUGUGUUAUUUUGCCGCUCCUCAGUUCUGUGAUGCUCGAUGCCGUCUUCUCAGAAGGUUGGUAGCUUUUAUCUUCCUCAAAAGCCACCAAAUUCUAAAAAUAUUAACUUUUUUUUUUUUUAUAUAUAUAUUUAUUUUUAUUUGGGGUGUUUUUUUUAAGUGUUAUUAUUUGAAUAGGUUCUUGAACUAAAAUGCGAUGCGAGUACGCGGUCAGUUUCGAUUUAGCGGGGACCUUUGGACAUACGCUUUUUAAUGAUUUCUACAAAAUGAACUUUAAAAAAAUUAAAACUUUUUGUAGUUGAAUGGUUGAAACGUUUCACAGGCAAGUUUUUCGACUUACUGAUAGCUGGUGUACCAAAACUACCUCAUAACUUCCACCAAAAAAUCAAUGUUAAGCAAUUUUUUUGCCUUUAUUUCUCUUUUGCAUAAAAUUUAUUUAAGUUUCAGCAUGGGGGCAUGAGAAAAAUAUCUCUUCAAGAACAAGCUGAAGUUAAUAUCAGUUUGGCUAUCACAAGACUAAAACAUGAGCAAUAGGGGUGUUUAUCAUAUAGCUGGCAGCGCUCGUGGGCAAUAUGAAGCGAAUCCUGUGUUCUGAUUCUUGUCCGCUUUGAUCUCGGGCAAGGAAAAAAGUGCGUGGAGCUGACUAACAAAGUUCGUAACUUUUGGGCGAUGUCGGCGAUGAAGUCGCAAAAAGCGGCAGAAGACAGUCAAACUAAAGAAAACAUAAAUGACACCCGUGGGUUUGUUCUGUUGCAAACACAAAUGGCAUUUUUUCCUGGCUCUAGAAAUACAAAAAGAAAACUGUCAUUCUUGAUUCUUAUUAAAGCGAAAUCUGUUGGCAAUAUGAUAAGUCCUUUAUUGAUUAAGCUUGUUCGGUCAAGAUGGCUGGAUAUUAGCCUUGUUGUUUCCUUGCGUUUUUAUGAACUGACACGAAGCCAAGUUCCGUAAAACGCAAAAAAAAGGAACUCGGUCAAUAUCCAGCCAUUUUGACCUCACGCUUGCUGCCAUCAGAAAACAAAUAUUCAUCCUCUCGUAGAGGCUUUAGGGUGUAUGAUGGUAUAGCCUGAAGCUGUUUGCAGAGAAGUGCAUAUUUCCUCCGUCACUCCUUCGCCAAAAAUAAAUAAAUCAAUGAAUAAGAAUAAAAAAACGAUGAAAAAAUAUCUUAAUUUGACUAGAAUUUGCUAUUUUCAUGUUUCUUUUCGCACGCACAAUCCUUCUAAAAUUGCUGCCUGCUGACAGCACGUCGAACAUUUGACCAUGAUAUGAGAAGUGUCAUGGCCUGGCUUCUCGAGACAUUGUUUGUUGAGUGUUGGUAGGGUACGAUCUUAAAGGGGAUUUUUUUUUUCUUUUAAUCUGAUCCAUUAGUUUAAUCUUUAUAUGUAGAGAGCACCAAACCAAUACCAAUUUUCUGUGCUUUACAAUACUCCAAGUGGAAUCAUUAUUAAUUCAUAUCUUUGUCUUCCUUUUUGUUACUCGGCGGGUAUUAAUUUUAUCUUCUCUCACAAAGUAAUAACGAAAUAUCAUUUUGACUCAGAAGACUGCCGUUAUUUGGAAUUCAAGCCCGCUAAAGCAUUUGACGGUCAACGCCUGAUAAAUCACGUGAUUCAAAUUGAUGAUGUCAAGGAUAAAGUAUUGUGUAAGAUACGAUGUUUCAUGGAGUCAAACUGUGUCAGUUAUAAUCUCGUAAAACAACUGAGUGGGGACAAUGAAACAUAUAAAUGUGAGUUGAAUGAUGUUACUCACGAAGGAAACAUGGACGACCUUGUUGGGGAGUACGAUUCCUUUUACCACGGAUCUGAGGCAAGAGUCACCUUCAAACAUCUUAACUGCUUUAUACCCUAACAUUUUUAUGCAUAUUUCCAUAUGAUUCUCUGUACAUUUCCCAACGUGCGGACAAGGAGAAUUUGUUUAGCAUACAAGGUCUUCUGUAGUUGGUGAUUAUAUUUUUUUCUUCUCGUGAUCUUAAGAUGUUAUUCAAGGGUGAAACUUUAAAGAGAAAUUAGAUUAGCUUCCAGUCACUCUCAGGGGCUAAAUGGUUAACUAAAUCGAGAAAAGGUCUUCAACGAGACACAAACAAGGAUUUGCGUCAAUUGCUUUUUCUAUUAUGCGACGUUGUUGUAUUCAACUUCGCAGUGGCUAUCGUAAUAAUAAGCAUCCGCGAUUUGAGAAUAACAAAAUUUAAGUUGUAGCAUUCAUAUUUAUACUUAGCAAUCCUGCUGGUUUAGACUAUCGAGCAAAACUAUUUCAUGAUAGGAUUCUCUAGAUGUCAUGCCUAACGACAUUUUGUUAGAUUUUUAUGGCUAAUUUUUUUUUGUUUUCUGUUUUUUUUUUGUUUGUUGUUUUUGUUGUUUUUUUGUUUCCUUGCUUUGCUUUUUUUUUCUUUUGUUGUUUUUUAUUUGUUUAUUUGUUUGUCUUUUUAUGUCAGAGUAACUGUAUAGCAAACCCUUGCAAGAACAACGCGACUUGUCAAAGCGGUUUUACCGAAAAAGGUUAUCGCUGUUUGUGUUCAGCUGGAUUCAAGGGUCAGACUUGUGAUGAAGGUAAUGCCGUUCUCUAAACGAGUAAUUCCCUUUGAGACAUUAACACAAUUGAACCUAUUGUCGACUUAAACACAGCUUUAAUUAACAAAUAGAGAAGCCUUGACUGUGCUCUGUUCUGUUAUAAAGCACGCAGGAAGCGGCUAGAGCACGAAAGAAGUGUAGGUAGAAACACGAGACGUAGUCGAGUGUUUCUUCCCACUUCUUUACUGUGAUAACCGGAGAUCGCCAUGAUGAGCGAGCCGCGAUGGACUUCGGCAUGAUCAUAUUCGCCAGACACCGUCAUGAUUAGUAUGAAUUUUAACAGUUAUGCCAGUUUGGAUAUAUUUUUCAUCAUUUCUGUUUUUUUCUGGUUUUUUUUUUUAACACUGUACUUUAUAUUCUAUGUGAGUGUUAGCUGUGUUUGAUUUUUAUUACCGUACGUAAGCUUGCAAUCUAACUGAGCGUGAAAAUCUUUAAAACUCGGAAUGUCUAUUUUGUUUUUCCUUUGAGGAUUUUCGUAUCUGUUCACGUUUUAAUAACGUAAAUCACGGCGCCUGGUAUGUUUACAAACGUUUGUUUGGUUCUUCUGUUGCUACUUGCCGGCUCGCUUGUUCCGAAAUUUCACUUUCAACUAUCGGAAAAAAGCUAAAAAGGAGUCCAUGAAAAGGUCGAACAUAAUACAAUUUGGCAGAUGGCGUGACAGCUUUAGCUCAGCUCUAUGCUCUAUACUCUUAUAGAGCACGCUCUUUCAGCCAAUGACAGUGCGCGCUAUAUCCGAACUUUAUUAUAAUGAUAAUUGGAAUCAAUAUGAUCUGAUUUCAGAUACUUACGAAUGUACUACAGAAAAGCAAAACUGCAGUGCCGAUACUGUUUGCAAAAAUACCAAAGUAUCGUACAACUGUGCAUGUAAACCUGGAUAUUCCGGAGAUGGAAGGGAUUGCAAAGGCAGGUUUUGCUUUUUCGUUGCUUUGAACAGUGAAUAUGUUUCUUAGAAUUAAAGGGGUGGAUUCUUGCGAGAAUGCAUGGCCUGGUUUCCUGACUUUCAGAAUUAAAGUUUAACUUAGAAGAACGUUUUUCGUUUUAUUGUUUUCUUCUUUGGUUUUAGAAAUUCAAAUGAUUUAUUCAGCUAACCUGCUUUCAGUUUUACGUAAAAUAACUGAAACGAGAGAUUAUGUACAAACCUUUUCAUUUUGCUUUCCCAAACUAUGAAAAUUUUUGACAGUUUAAUUGUAAUUAAACCAAAUAUGGUGCAACUUCAGAUAUUAACGAAUGUGCUACAGAAGAGCAGAGCUGCAGUGUUGAUGCUGUAUGCAACAAUACCAAAGGAUCUUAUGACUGUGAAUGUAAACCUGGAUUUUCAGGGGAUGGAUGGACCUGCAAAGGUAGCACAAUGUAAUAUCGCAGGCUAAAUUCAGUGCCAGAUAGAGUUUUUGAUUACGCAUUAUCAGCGCAAUGUCUAUGAGAACGGAUGCUAUUGAAACUUUAAAAGCUGACCAAUGAUAUGCGUACUCAGAUAUCACAAAAGGUAAAAGUGGUUCAGAAGAGCACGGCGGCAAUGCUGAUGCUGUUUUUUGGGAACACUAAACCUGCACAGGUAGUGCAAUCAAAUACUGCAUAUUGAAUUUGUUUUUAUAUAAAUUGUUGUAUUCUAAAAUUUAGUAUCAGCACAGUGUUAUGAAAAUAAAUGCCAUUAGCGUUAUAACAGACCAAAUACAAACAUACAUAUUUAGAUAUUGACGAAUGUGGUACAGAAGAGCACAGCUGCAGUGCUGAUGCUGUGUGCAACAAUACCGAGGGCUCAUACAACUGUUCAUGUAAACCUGGAUACUCUGGGGACGGAUGGUCUUGCAAAGGUAGUAAAAUGAAACAAUGCAUGUUGAAUCUAGGACCACGUAAAUUCUGGUACUCUUUAUUAUCGAUGCAAUGUUAGGAAAACAAAAUUAAUGCUACAGAUACUACAACAGAUCCAUUAAUUAUGUCUAUUUAGAUAUUGACGAAUGUGCUACACAAGAUCACAGCUGCAGUGCUGAUGCUGUGUGCAGAAAUACCAAGGGAUCCCACAACUGCACAUGUAAACCUGGAUAUUCUGGGGAUGGACGGACUUGCCAGGGUAAUGUAAUGAAUUAUUGCCUGUCAAAUUUAGAAUCACAUACAUUGUUGUUUUCUAUAUUACCGAUGCAAUGUUACAAAAACAAAUGCAAACAGCCAUAUCAAAAGUAAACGUUUGAUUGGCAUAUUUAGAUAUCGACGAGUGCGCUACAGGAACUCACAGCUGCAGUGCUGAUGCUGAGUGCAACAAUAUCAAGGGGUCGCACAACUGUCAAUGUAAAUCUGGAUAUUCUGGGAACGGACGCACCUGUACAGGUAAUUGAAUGGAAUAUUGCAUGUUAGAUUUACAGCCAAAUGGAUUGUUACGUGCUAAUGUAUAUUUUUAUAUAUAUAUAUAUAUAUAUAUACUAAUUAAUUUAUCUGUUUUAUCAUUCGUAGUUUUUUUUUAUUUUUCAGCCGUCAUAUUUUCAAGCUGCAAAGAAGCUUAUGAUGCCAAAUUGUAAGUACGAUUAACGAUAAAAGAAUAAAAACGACAGACUUGAUCUUCUUGAUCUCGCAGGAAGACUUAUAAAUGCCAAAGAAAAGAGCGGGUAGCUAUCCAGUCAUUUCUUCUUUUUUGAUACGCCUGUUAAAUUUAGUAUUCCCAAGAGUUUAUAAUCUCAUGGUAUUCCAAAAUGGUGAAUGCAUACCACAAGCUUAACUCCUAUACUUAAUUUUAUUAAAUCCGAUUUUUUCACAGACUAAGCGUAAGUAACGUCGUUACGCUCUAUAUCGACUCCAAGCCAAUUUCCGUUUUCUGUCACGUGGGGGAUGUAGGAUGUGGAGAUGGAAUAUGGACCCUUGUCAUGAAGACUGAUGGCAACAAGGUAUUUAUCUCUUCAUUUAUUUAUAUUAUUCAAUUGUUUUUUUAAAAGAUUUUUGUUUGGUUUGUGAUGAAUUUUAGAAAAUAUUUUCGAUACCUAAAGUUUGCUUCUAUCAUAACCUCACACAACCUCCGCAAGAAUGGCUUCUUGUUCGCUUUCAUAUUUCUAUGUUUGACUUUUUCUGCUUCGUUGCAAAUAAAAUUGUGGUCUUCUCUAGGCCAAAUGUGAUUUUAAUGCGGGUCUAAAGAGGAAAUACCAACAAAAUGUCUGUAAAAUGUAGUUUUUUUGCUGAUGGUUAUUUCAUCGAUUUCCCACCUCAAAAAAAGAAAAAUAAUAAUAAAAUAAAUAUAAGUUCAAGAACUUUUAAAAUGCCAUACUCGAGGGAACGUUAUUUGUGGUAUAUUUCUAUUUCCAUAUGUUUUUUUUUUAUCGUGUUGUGACUCGCUCUCUCAAAUGAUCAGAUUUAUUGAGAUCUGGAAAUCUCUUGGGUUUCCAUCUACUUAACAUCGGCUCGCAUUAAUUUUUGGCUGGUUGGUCGUUGAGAUUCACAUAUUUAUUUGUCUUUCUUGUUUAUUCAAUGGUAUUUUCCUUCUUUUCCUGGUCAGCGAACUUUCCAUUAUGAUUCCAAUUAUUGGAGCAACAUGUUAGAAUAUAACCUUCCUGGAGGAGAGACUGGGUUUGACCAAAUGGAGACCAAGUUACCGACUUACUGGAACACAUCAUUCUCCAAGAUCUGUCUUGGUAUGAAGAUCGACCAACAGCUCAGGUUCAUUGUUAUCAACAAGCGAGCAGAUUCCCUGUACUCGCUGAUCGCUGACGGACAAUACCGUCCGACUAAUUUGGGUCGUGACGCAUGGAGGUCAUUGAUUGGCCCAAAUGCGUCCUCGCAGCUUUACUGCAACAGAGAGGGGUUCAAUCUUUACUCACUGAACCCUUUUUGGGAGUUUAAGGCUUCUAAAGCAAGGAUCGGUUUUGUAACCAACAAUGUAAAUAACUGCCAUGAUGUUGAUACCAGAAUCGGGUUUGGUACAGGAGGGCCACACGAUGACACCAACACGUGUGGAAUCGUUGCAGACAGAGCCAAUCUUGAUAAUGGUUCGAAGUUCAUUAAAGCCAUGGGGCACAUUUUGGUACAGUAAUUGGCGAGAAGUGGAGAUGCACUGGUGAAUAGUAUUACCGUCGCAACCUUCACCAACAAAAUAUGAAGGCACACAUCAAUACCCCUUAGCUGUCUGUAUAGAGUAUCAAACACACUAAUACACUGACACGUCCAAUUGUGUAAAGCAAUAUUCAGAGGAUGCACUUACUUGAAAUGAGAAUAUCAGGAUGCGACUAGAUGUGUACAUGUAAAUAACUAGUCUGAUUUGCUAAACAGAGCGAGGUUAUGAGCUUCAAGCUCAUAAUCUAGCUGUGACAUUUGAGGUCGAUGAAUUUGUCAGCGAAUUCAAAUAAACAUUUCUGUGAGCGAGCCGUGAAGCUAUAGUGGACAAUAUUAUUUUGCCUGAGAGCUUACAAGUGAAGAUUUAACACAACAACAAAAUAAAAUUAGACUUCCUUAUCACCAAAAGAAGCCAAUAAAUUCGUUAUGAAGGUAAUGAGGAUAAGAUAUGACAAUUGAAGAACUUAAUUAUUGCCUGAAAUAUUUUUAUACCUCCGAGCGAAAACAAGAUGGCACAUGUUGCGAAACAGCCUCGCCCAAAUCGAUCCGAUCAACUAUUGACCGCUUUCUUCACUUGGUUCGCGUAUGUAAACACAAACUCAGAGAGGUUUCUCAUUUUACAGGUUGUUAAAAAAAAAUUCAUGAUAAACAUUUAUUGAAGUCGGUUUUCGCUUGAUACCAUGAAUAAUCAAAUCCUAUGUCUAUGUUAUGCACCUCAUUCUUCGGCUUCGGCACAUAACUCGGACCACAUUUUUUAUUCCAUGAUAUCUAGCCCAAACGCAUCCAAUAAUUGCUUAAUAAAGUGAUGAAUCUCAUAUAUCUCAGAAAGAAUUAUAAAAAAAAAGAGAGGCACUGAGACGAUUACGAAAUCCUUUUGCUUCACGGCAAUACAACACGAGACGAGGUUUUGUGUUUGAUAUUUGUGCAAUCAAUUGAUUCUGAUUUGGUGGAGAGAAGGAAAACGAUUAGGUGGACAAUUCAGGGUAGGUUAAAAACUUAUAAUCUCUAAAAGAAACACGAAAUUCAUCCAGAAAAGCCAAUCUAACGAGUCAUAUGCUGAAAAUAAUGGGAGCGAAGUCUAUCCACCUGCAACUAAAAGUUGCCAAAAUCAGCAAAAUGAGUCGGGGAAAAAAGUUAAGAAAACAUCUUAAAGUCCUUAGUUUAACUGGGAUAAGUACUAUUCAAAACUACGUAAAUCGGGCUGUAUUCUGAAGAUUAUUUUAGAAUUAGAAGUGUUGAUAAAUAAUGAUUAAAACGUUCUUCUUGGUGCGAUUAGAGUUCGCAUCUCACUUGCACUAUCAUCCCAUGGUAAAAGGACCAAGUGCAGUCUAUUUCGAUCUGUAAUCAUACGAGUGAUUGCGAAGCGGGAGUCCGAUCUGUUAAUCAAAAGUAUGAUUAUAGACUAAAUUGGACUUCUUCGAAUCACGUCUAUGAUUGGUGGAGAGUAUAAUUAGUAUGAUUGGCAGCAUUAAUCGUCCGAUUACGGCCAAUUAUUCCAUUACACUUUCCGACUGGUCAAACAAGAAAAAAUGUUUGUCUUUUUAAAAAUGAUGGCAGUUGCAGGCUGUUUUAAGAAUCGAGGUAUCUUUAGAGUAUUCCAAAGUAUUGGAGCGUAGAAAGAAAACCUUUUGAUUAUAGUUGGCUGCUGGGAUCGUUUCAACUUGAAAAAAUAGGCCAUCAGAAGAGCGAGGAGAGUGAACUGACUCACGGCGAUAGAAGAGCAAAGUCUACAGAGAGCAACGAGUUUUAGAACCAAUAGUACACUGUAUCUUUGGACUAUAAGCAAUUGUACUAACUGUUAAUUUUUUACGAUGAUAAAAAGGUGCUUUUGCUGUUUAAACUUUCUAUAACUCUCUGCAUGGAGAAAUCAUGACUCAAGUGGUUGUAGCAUUUGGAUAAAUUAUGAACUGGUUCUGGUACUAAAGAUGUUAAAAUUAGUUUUCACACUUUAUAGUAUUGUUUUGUAGAUACAUCUAUGAUAAAGGCGAGGUAAAUGACGAGUGUGCUGUAUUUACAGGUUAGAAGACCACCUCGAGGUUUAAAAAAAGAAUCAAACAUAUUCUUGAUCAAUAACAGCGCAGUUUUCGCAUACGAAAUAGUAUAAGGAAGCUUGGCGCAUCGAUUUAUCAGAAAAUUAGCGUUAAAACAGCAAAAACGUUUUCAACUUUAGAAAAGCACAUGAACAUUUUCAUUGUAACAAUCUUUUUUUAUGUUCCCUUUCGUAAUCUCAUUUUUCUACGGUUUCCACGUCGAUCGCUAGAGAGUAGUUAUAUACGAUUUAGAAGAUAUAUAUAUUUUUUAAUCAUUUCCGUAAAACAUGUAAAGCGAUAAGUGAACACGGUCUUAACUCCUAGAACGUUUUUAUUUUAAAUAGAGUUUCCCUUCCGUAACCUUAUUCUGAUUAGUUUCCACCGCGAUCACUAAAGCGUAAUUAUGGACGAUAUAGGGGAUCCAUUUUUUAUUAAUAUGGGAUUUUCCUCAUUGCUUUGGUUAAAAAUUUUAAUGUUUUCCUUGACGUGAGCUUACAGCUCUCAACAAUGGUGUUCUACACGGAAAAUGAUUCUCCAGAGAUAGUUGCGAUUAGGUUGAACAAAAAUUACCUAGUUACCCCUUCGACGUAAGGUUCUUUAGUUCACAGAAACUUUACACAAACUUGGAUCAACAAACAUAAAGUAACUUCAACGCCUCAAUUCCCCAGGGGGAAAUUGAAGUUCUUAUUUCCCUUUUUUAUUUUUAAUCUUUUUUUCAUCAUUUAGAAUUUAUGCCCUCAGAAGAAGACACCUGGACGUUUUUCUCGGGAGAAACUAGACUCAGUUGAUUGACAUCGACAGAAGUUGAAGUGUGCUACGUUCACUGUGAAAAGGCUUUCAGUAUCUAAAAGUUCAAAGCAGUUCUGCAUACAGUGACUAGGGAUGAUGUAUUCCUCUCUCCCCUGUUUUAUUUCACCACUUCUAUGUUCUGUGCUGAAUAAAACUCUCAUUCAUUGUGAAAAGCAAAUAUUUGUCAGCUCCAAGAUUAAUUUCUUUCCGUAUGUCAGAAAACAUAUUUGGAAAAGUUAGGAUUGUGGAUAUAUGUAAAUCAUAUAUGUGCACUGCGGUGAAGAAACGAAUAUAAGAGAUUCUCGCAGCUAUGAACACUACUGAACAAGGGGUUGAAAAUAAGACCUGAAAAUAAAUUAUGCAGGCUCGUAUGAGAUUUGAACCCAUGACCUCUGCGAAACCGGUGCAGUGCUCUACCAAAUGAGCUAAGAAGCCAACUGGUCAUUAUGUUGGGUUGGUGUUCAUAGCUGCGAUCUCUUAUAUACGUAUUUGGAGGUGAAACAUUGAAUACUUUGUUUGUUUCUUUUAAAUCGUUCUUCAACCCUGCUAAAGCAAUUGAAGAUCAACGCUUAAGGAACCAUCUGUUUCGAUUUCAUGACUCCCAGGAGAGAAAAUUUUGUGAGGUGCUUUGUUUCAUGAAACCAAACUGUGUCAGUUGUAAUCUUAAAGAAAAAGAUUUGGAAAUGAUGGGACAUUUAUUUGAGAACUGAAUAAUGUUACUCCCGAUCACGAAGGGAACAAAGAUAACCUGGUUGAGGAUCAAAAUUACAUCUAUAGUGGAGCUGAGACAGGUGCAAAUUGUAUCCUCUCUAGUUGCUUCGAACUGUCACCUUUUUUUAUAAACAUUUCUCGAUUCCUUGUUGCCUAUCGCCACAAAUAACCCAUCGCAAAUGUGUUUCAAAUCCUGUUGUGAAGCAGUUAUCGUUUUCUAUUUACAUCUUCUUCUUCGCCUUCGUCGUCUUAGUCGUCUUAUUGUCCUUGUUCUUGUUCUUCUCUUUCUUUUCCUUAUCCUCUUCUUCUUUGUAUUUUUCUUCUCCUCUUAAUUCUUCUUCUUCUUAGGCGUUAUGAUAGUUGUAAUUAUCAUUAUCAUGUUCUUUUUCUAAUUUUCAUGUCACAGUAACUGUACAAAAAAUUCAUGCAAAGACAAUGCAAAUCGCGAAAGCGGCUUUAUCGACAAAGAUUAUCGCUGUUUGUGUACUGCUGGCUUAAGAUAUAGGUAACGCUAUUAAAUAAAAACGUGGAUUUCGCACUUUUGAAAUCUAUUUGUAUCCAUAAACAAUACAGAAAGACUGGUUGCAUUAAAAAAAUAGUAUAAUUAUAAUUAAACGUCUAUAUGUUGCAUUUCCAGAUAUUGACAAAUGUGUGACAGGAGGGUACAGCUGCAGUGCAGCAGUGCUAUGUAAAUGGCUCCUAAAACAGUGAAUGUACAACCGGAAAUUCUUGCGUUGCAUCGACCUGCGCUGAUUGUGCACAGAAAUUUCUCCUGUUACAUAUCGAGCAUAUGGUGUUGUCAUGUUUUAUAUUACCAGUUCAAUGAGAUCAAAUGCUAUCGACAUCCUACCACGAUUUAAUGCAUGAUCUACAUAUAAAGACAUCGAUAAGUGUUACACGUAACUGCAGUGCUGAUGCUGUGCGCAACAAUUACAAAGGAUCAUGCAACUGCACAUGUUAAACCAGGAUUUCCGCAGAUGGACAAAUGCGCACAGGUUAAUUUUGCUAUAUCCUUAAUCAUUCAGGUUAAGGUGUUUCUGACGAAAUCAGAGAGGAUUCACAAAUACAUCUGAGUUAUGAUUUCAAUGAUUAUUAGAACUGCGCCAUACUGGGUUCAUCGGAGACGUCCAGUUACGUGCCCCGCACGGUUAUUUAUUUAUUUUUUUACUCGGGAGCGGGGAUAUAUGAUGGAGGGUAAUUCUGCGUUUUGUUUUGUUUUGUUUUUUUUGUUUUUUCGUUAUUUUUUUUCGUUUUAAUCGAAAAAAUGUCUAGCUAGCAAAUCAAGAUACAUGUACUUUUUUAUGGCAAAUCGACUACUAGCUCUCAGACCCACGACCAAACAGACAUCAAUAUUUACAUCUUACCAUGGUGCACGUGUAAGGGGACGGGAGGGGAGGGAGGGGGGAGGAUGUUAUCAACGAUGGCCUUCUAAAAAAUUUCGUUUGCGCGUAUACGCUCUGGAAUCAAAUUUUGUCUCGGCUUAAUAAAUUAAAAUCCCCUUCUAUAAUCGAUCUACAUGUCAAAAAAAUUAAUCCACAUUAGUUGUGAUCAAAAAACAAAUUAUUUACUCCGAUAAAGUUCUGAAGAUCUCGAAGAUAUUUGAAUUGACUCUGACUAUUAAGCAUUCGGUUGUUCCAAGACACCUGAGCUCUUCAAAACUAAAGAAUUGCAUCAAGAAUUGAACAAGGCCUGUUAACAAAUUAAUGCAACAAAUGUUCUAGUUGAUGGUGUCAAUACUGAAGAAUAAUUAAUUUGUAGAUAUUUUACAACUCAAGAGAUGAACCAUUGCUUUGAUUGUGAUAUACUUAGACACUCGCUCUAUUUUCAAUUAUGUUUCAGUUAUACUAUCGCUUUGCAGCUUCAUUUACGUUUCAUUUACACGAAAUCAAAUAGCAAAAAUUGAUAAAUAUAUCAAAAUUUUAUCUCCGACUUCGAAAGAUUUGAUAAAGUUCCACAGUUCCCAUAAUCUUCCUUUCUUUUUUCUGCAGUUGCAGUUUCGAGCUUUAAGGAACCUUAUAGCAGACAAAGUUUAGUGCUAUAUUUGGAAAUAAACGACAAAGUUCAUCUCGCAUCGAGCGUUAAAGAUUCAAGGAAAAAUAAAAAGGAAAAAAAUUCUUCUAGUUUAAGUCAGCUGUUGUCUUACUGAUUCAGGCACUGAUUUCUUAUUUUUUUUUUAAUGGUUUAUCCGUUUUGAUAGACUGAGUGUGAGUGGCAUCGUUACGCUACAUAUUAAAUCAACACCAACUACUGUCUUCUGUCACGGGGAGGAUGUAGGAUUUAAGAAUAGAACAUGGACCCCUGUUAUGAAGAUUGAUGACAACAAGGUCUUUUAAAAGUUAUUUUAAAGAAGCUAUUGAAAUAAGUAGGGUAACAUGAGGGAGUUUUGAAAAGUCUAGGCUUUGAGGUAGCAAGUUCGUAAUAUACCUUUCGUUUACAUCUCUCCAACCUCAACCGCGCCUUUUCCUUGCUGGGUUUUCAGCCAUCGCAUUUGUUUUGUUUUGUUUUUUCUUUUGUACCUUAUCAUAAUUAAAUAUAUGUUUGGUAUUCUCCUUCAAUCUGCAGAUAAAUUUGAAAGCCAUGCACAUGAAAAAACAAAAGAAGAAGUAUUCCUUUCAAGUUAUUUAUUUUUUUAUGGAAAUCGAAGGGAGUUAUUAUUUUCACGUAACUGCCACCAAAAAUCAAUGUUAAGCAAUUUUUUUUCCAAAUGAACAAUUUUUUUUGGUAGUCCUUUUUUCGACAGGAUUUGGUGGCUGUUUAAUAAUUUUGCAUCAUGUGGAAAAUAGUUUUGUGGGGUUAUGAACUGCAGGGAAUGGAGAUAGCUUCUUUCUUUUCACUUUUUAAUUUUUUUUAAUAGAACAUUUACAUUUUCAGAAAAUGAUAUUCAACGGUUAUAGAUAUGAAUUUCAUCGAGUCCCAGAUUUUUCUCAUAUGCUUGAACGAAAAAUAGCAUCACCGGUAAUCAUAACUUUUUCGAUUAUAAUGUAAACAAUAUCAUAUCGUUUUCAAUCAACUUUGAACUAAAUUUCAAUUGUAAAAAUGUAUGAGUAUUAUCAAUUUUCACAACAGACUUUACAUCUUCAAAAUAAAUUGUUAUAAAUACUUUUGAAACAAAUCUAUUACCAUUUUCUUCAUUAAGCCGUUGUUAAGAAUUAAUGCCUUUUGAGUAAGACGAUGUAAAACACGAUGCGAGUACGCGGUCUAGUGUUAGUUUCGGUUUAGCGGGGAGCUUUGGAUAAACAUUUUUUAAUUAUUUCUACAGAAUGAACUUUGUGACAAAAAUAUUGAAUUUUUUUAGUCGAAUGAUUGAAACCUCCCAAAGGCAAGUUUUCCGACUUUCUGAUGGCUGGUGUGUCAAAACUACCGCGUAACUGCCACCAAAAAAAUCAGUAUUCAGCAAUUUUUUCUUGCCUUUGUUUCUCUUUUGCGUAUAAUUUCAGCAUGGGGGCAUGGGAAAAAUGUCUUCAAGAGCACGCUGAAGUUAAUUUUAGUUUGGCUAUCACAAGGCUACUGUUAGGGGUUUUGUUAUUUAGCUGAUUGAUUAGCCGUGUGGGCCUAUCUUGCCCGCUUGGGAAAAAGUGCGUAAAGCGAACUAACAAAGUUCGUAACUUUUGAUCAAUGUCGGCGAUGAAAAAAAGCGGCAGAAGACAAUCAAAAAAAAAACAACAUAGAAGACACCCGUGGGUUUAUUGUGGUACACACACAAAUAGCAUUCUUUCCCGGCUCUCGAAAUGCAAAAAGAAAACUGUCAUUCUUGAUUCUUAUGAACGCGACAUCUGUUUGCCAUAUGAUAAGCCAUAUAUUGACUAAGGUUGUUCGGUUAAUAUUUCUUCGUUGUUUCCUUGCGCUUUUAUAAACUGAGACGAAGUCGAGUUCCAUAAAACGCAAAAAAAGAACUCGGCCAAUAUCCAGCCAUCUCGACCUAACGCUUGCUGCCAUCAGAAAACAAAUAUCCUUCCUCUUUGAGAAGCUUUCGGAUGUAUGAUGAAAUAGCCUUGAACUGUUUGAGGAGAAUUGCAUAUUUCGUUUGCCACUCCUUCGCAAAAAUAAAAAACAACAACAACAACACAAAAAAAUUAAUGAAAAAAAUCUCUUUAUAUGACUACAAUUUGCUAUUUUCAUGUUUCUGUUCACACACACAAUCCUUGCAACAUUGCUACCUGCUGACAAUAUGCAGAACAUUUGACUAUGAUAUGAGACCUUUCAUGGCCUGACUUUUAAGUAAAUUGUUUCUUGAGUGUUGUUAGGGUACGGUCUUAAAGGGGACUUUUUAUCUUUUAAUCUGAUCCAAAAGUUGAAUAUUGAUAUGUAGAGAGCGCUGAGCCAGUAUCUCUUUUCUGUGCUUUACAAUACUCCAAGUCAAAUUAUUAUGACUCCAUAUCUUUGUCAUCCUUUUUAUUACUCGGCGGUUAUCAUCUUCUCUCACAAAGUAAUAAGAAAUAUCAUUUUGACCCAGAAAACUGCCGUUAUUUGGAAUUCAAGCCCACCAAAGCAUUUGACGGUCAACGCCUGAUAAAUCAUGUAAUUUAAAUUGAUGACGUCAAUGAUAAAGUACUAUGUAAGAUACGGUGUUUCAUGGAGCCAGAUUGUGUCAGUUAUAAUCUCGAAAAGCAACCGAGUGGGGACAAUGGAACAUAUAAAUGUGAGUUGAAUGAUGCUACUCACGAAGGAAACGAAGACGACCUUGUUGGGGAGUACGAUUACUUUUACCAUGGAUCAGAGGCAAGUGUCACUUACAAACUUCUUCCAGCCACGAUUUGAGAAUAACGAGGUUUCCAGUAGCAUGCAUGUUUUUACUUACCAAUCCUGCUGGUUUAGAGUAUGGAGAAAAACUAUUUCAUGAUAUGAUUCUCUAGGUGUCAUGUCUAACGACAUUUUGUUAGAUGUUUUGGCUAAUUUCUGUUGUUUCCCUUUUUUUUGUUUUGUUUGUUGUUGUUGGUUUUUUUUGCGUUGAUUUUUUAUUUUUGUUUUGUUGUUUGUUUUUUUCUUUCAUGUCAGAGUAACUGUAUAGCAAACCCUUGCAAGAACAACGCGACUUGCCAAAGCGGUUUUACCGACAAAGGUUAUCGCUGUUUGUGUUCAGCUGGAUUCAAGGGUCAGAUUUGCGAUGAAGAUAAUGCCAUUUUCUAAACGAGUAAUUCCCCCUAAGACUUAACUCAUAAUUGAAACUAAUGUAAAAUUGAAGACAGCUUCAAUGAUUAUUGAAAUCAAUAUGAUCUGAUUUCAGAUACCGACGAAUGUGCUACAAAAAAGCAAAACUGCAGUGCCGAUGCUGUUUGCAAAAAUACCAAAGUAUCGUACAACUGUACAUGUAAACCUGGAUAUUCCGGAAAUGGAAGGGAUUGCAGAGGCAGAUUUUCUUUUUGGUUACUUUGUACAGUGAAUAUGUUUCUAGCUUGAUAAGAGAAGGCUCACGAGAAGUUUGGAAUUAAAGGGGCGGAUUUCAAUCCUUCUUGCACAAGUGCAUGGCCUUGUUGCCUUACUUUCAAUAUUAAAGUUGAACGUUUUUCGUGUUAAUUGAUGUCUUCUUUUGUUUUAGAAAUUCAGAUGAUUUCCUCGGCUAGUCUGCUUACAGUUUAAAUCAAAUAAUUUAAACCAGAGAUUAUUUGCUUUCCCAAAACUCUGACAACAUUUUGACAGUUUUAUGGUAAUCAAACCAAAUAUGUUACAACUUCAGAUAUUAACGAAUGCGCUACAGAAGAGCAGAGCUACAGUGCUGAUGCUGUGUGUAACAAUAGCGAAGGAUCCUAUGACUGUGAAUGUAAACCUGGAUUUUCAGGGGAUGGAUGGACCCGCAAAGGUAACACAAUGAAAUAUUUCGGGCUUAAUUCAGUGCCAGAUGGAUUUUUAGAUUGCGCAUAAUGAGUACACUAUCUACGAGAACGGAUGCUAUUGUAACUAUAAAAGAUCCUAUGACAUGCGUACCCAGAUAUCACAAAUGAUAAAAGUGGUUCAGAAGCGCACAGCUGCAUUGCUGAUGCUGUUUUUUGGAAGACUAAACCUGCACAGGUAGUGCAAUCAAAUACUGCAUGCUGAAUUUGUUGUUAUAUAAAUUGUUGUAUUCUAUAAUUUAGUAUCAGUACAAUGUUAAAUAAAAAAUGCUAUUAACGAUAUAACAGACCAAAUACAAACAUGCAUAUUUAGAUAUUGACGAAUGUGGUAUAGAAGAGCACAGCUGCAGUGCUGAUGCUGUGUGCAAUAAUGCCGAGGGUUCAUACAACUGUUCAUGUAAACCUGGAUACUCUGGGGACGGAUGGUCUCGCAAAGGUAGUAAAAUGAAAUAGUGUAUGUUGAAUUUAGGGCCACAUAAGCUGUGGUACUCUGUAUUACUGAUGCAAUGUUAAGAAAACAAAAUUAAUGCUACAGAUACCACAACAGA